GGUGGGUGGGUGGGUUCUGCAGUGGGAGGGACUGACGAAAGGUGAAAGGCAGUUAAUCAGACCAACUAACUCGUAGUGGACGACCACGCUAGGUAGCCCGAUGCUUGCAAGGGGAGGUCAAAGACGGGGGGGGGAGGGUUGUGAUUCGAGUGCAGUCCGAUGAAGAAUCUCUCUAUCUCGUCUCUCAAACGAAGAGGACAAGACGGGGAAAACGGAGCUACUGGUCGCUUGCUGCUAUGGAUGUGCUGCGAGCGACGGUUCGGAGCCGGAGAUGGGGAUUGUGGGGAGCUGGUAGGCGGGCGUGUUGAUGGAUGCGCCGGCUGGAUGGUGGGGAUUUUAGUAGGUGAGUCUGGGGUAUCGAUUAUGACGGGCAGGGUGAAUGGGGGAGCGAGAAUCCGGGGAGGUGCGGGUAUAUAAAGAAAGAAAAGCAAGAAAAAGGCGGCGGCAGUCGAUUGGGGGCGGGUGGGCACAGAGAGGGGAUGUGGGUAGGACUCUGCAGAAGCUGUGUUUUUUUGUUGUUGUGGUGGUUGUGAUGAUUGUUGUGGUGAUUGUUGUGGUGUCACAAAGCUUGCGGUUUUAUUUAUUUAUUUAUUUAUUUAUUUAUUUAUUUACAUAUUAUUUAUUUUUGGCCGGUGGGCCAUGGAGGAGAUCCGGAGGAUUGAUUGUGUGGCCUGGGUAGGGGGAAACAAAACAUCCAGUCGAUAGGAGAGAUAUCUCAACGCCCGUAUCGUAUCGCAUGGUACCGGUGUCUCUCCCUCUCCCUCCGUCUCUCGCGCACACACCACCACCACUACCACCACUCCCGAAGAAUUGCCAUAGCACAGGAGAGAAUGGCAUACAUGUAACAUAGGUGAGUGCUUGCUUAGGUACUCUACCUACGAGACACUGGCCGCCUAUACUGUAGAGUACGUGCCCUGCUCCACAGCACCUCGGGAGUCGGUCACGCCAUGGCGCCGUGUGUCCGUCUGUCCGUCCGACCGUCUGCUGCUACUGCUGCUUGCUGCUCGCCUCAAGAAACCUGCGACCCGGGAAACUACUCCGCCUCGUCUGCGACGAUGAUGCUACGGCCACCGCCGCCGCCGAUGAUGAUGAUGAUGAUGAUGAUGCUGAUGAUGUGUGGG